AUGCCUCAUUCGCACCAUUCCCAUUCCGGACAAUUUUGUCGACACGCAAAAGAUUCUCUGGAAGAAGUGAUUCAAGAAGCUAUAAGAAAGGGAUUCGAAGUCUUUGGAUUGAGUGAACACGCUCCUAGAUGGAGAGUUGAAGACCUUUUCCCCGAAGAGGCAGAUCUCCUUCCAUCAGAUUUACUAUCAACCUAUCUGUCUUUCCUUAAUCUCGCUCAAUCCUUACGACGAAAGUAUGAAGAUCAAAUAUCACUUCUCAUAUCUCUCGAAACGGAUUAUAUCACCCCGCUAGAUCUCUCACAUUUGACUGAGAUAUUGCAUGAACAUGAAGAGAUUGAUUAUAUAGUCGGAAGCGUACAUCAUGUUAAUGGUAUUUCGAUUGAUUUCGAUAAGAAAACAUGGAAAAGAUCAAUUCAAGCUUGUUUAUUGGGCAUAGAAGGUAGAACAAUGAAUCCUGGUCCACCACCUUUUCUCGAAUUAUCCGAUAAUCCUUCAUCUGCGUCAUCGCCCUCUAAUUCACCUUCAGAUUCAGAAAAGACAGAAAAUGAUGAUGGGGAUCAUAUACCCAACACAGCAGAUUUGAUACCAUUUUUGGAAAAUUAUUUCGACGCACAAUAUGAUUUAAUAAACCAUCACAAACCUGAGAUAAUAGGUCAUUUCGAUUUGUGUUUACUCUGGAUACCCAAUUUCAAGAUCAAGGAUAUACCUUGUGUAUGGGAAAGAGUUGAAAGGAAUAUAAAAAAAGUAGUUGAAUAUGGUGGUUUGUUCGAAGCUAAUUCGGCUGCUAUCAGAAAAGGUUGGAAAGGAAGUUAUCCAAGUGAGGAUGUUUUGAAAUUGAUCCUAUCUCUCAGCGGUAAAAUAUGUCUGUCAGACGAUUCUCAUGGUGUAUCGUAUGUAGGACUCAAUUACAUCAAAAUGAAGAAUUAUCUAGUAGAACAAGGAGUCAAGGAAAUAUGGUAUCUUGUUCCCGUAGCAAAAAGGCAAGAUGGGGACGAAGACGUUGGUGAUAGACGCAGAAUCGUUUCUAGGAGAUUGGAAAACUGGGUCGAGCAUCCUUUCUGGAGUCAUUUGGAAAAGAUACAAUGA